AAGCUUUGUGAUGGGUAUUAGCUGGAAGCAAGCAUGCACAUCAGAAACCCAUCAGAAGUGGAGGGGAAUGACUUCUGAAGCUGCAACACACUGGUGGGGAAACAGGUGGUGAUGGGGACGUGCCACUUUCCUGUGCUUAAGACUGCUCCUAAAGGUUAGUGGGCUUGUGAUUCGUACUGCCUUAUGUUUUAAAUAGCUGAAGUUUCUCAGUCUUAUUUUUAGCCUGCAAGAUCUAUAUAGGGAAGCAGCAGGUUGUGUAUCAGUGUAGCAUGUCCUGUUCUGCCUGGAAAUGCUGGGUGAACUCAGCCCUUUUCCCAGCCCUUGCCAGCACCUGGCUGUGCCUCUUCCCCUCUCCCUUCUGUGGCCUAAGACGUUGUGAGCUCCUCACUGCGUCCCCUCUGUGCUGGGGAUGUGGGUAUCCCUGCAGCAUUCUCUUGGGACAGGGAAGGGUGUCAGACAUGGUUAUCAGCUCUUCAGGAUUACUGGUAACCCUGCCUGCAGGGCAUGAGUGCAUGAGCAACCACCCAUGGGCUGCAACAGCUCACGGGAAGGCCAGCGUGCACCAUUUUGUUGGGAGAAAGAUCAGAGCAGAGCUGUGCUUUAGGCAUGCAUGAAUUCACGGCAUUCCGGCACUAUACCUGGUGCAAAGAGGAAGACAGCAAAACAUUCCCCUGUAGAUGCCACUGCUGUGACCAGCGAACGUCUUUUGUCAAAAUACUGUGAUAAAAUGGUGACAGUCGGGAGGAAAGAGAGGCAGUACCCGAGGCCUGUGAAUAAAUGCCAAAAAUUGCCAUAACAACAAGUAAGGGAGGGGGAAACACCGAUGCAAGAACACGUUAAGUCAGCUUUCCCCAUGGCGAGAUUACACAGUAUCAUUUCGGCCAACUCAGCAAGUCACCCUGGAAAAAAAAUCAUUGGGGAAACCAGAAUGUUAUUUUUUUAAAUUGGAAGAGAAGAAAAAUAACAAAAGCAAAACCCAAGAAAAAACAAAACGCCCAAAACCCCAAACCUGUUCCCAAACAGCCAGCAGCGUCACUUGGAGGACCCCAUCUGCUCAAGGACUCAGCCUGUAGCAAUCGCUCCCGUAAGCAAGGCAAGCUCACUGGCAGCAGAUGUGAGCAGGACACCCAGGCCAGAUGGGAACAAGAGAAAAAUAACAGGGAGAAAAAGGAGAAGAGAGAAUGUGAUCCCACGAAGGGCGUUCCUCUCGAGCCCAGCACUCCCAGCAGUCAGAGCUCCUGCCCGAGCGUGGCAGCAUUCCCCAGCAGAGCUUGCUGGAAGCAGCAGGAGCAAGCCAAGCGUAUGGCAGAUCUGAGAAGAGGAGAACUCACCAGAAAUGAUGCCGAUGGUGAUGUACAUGUGAACAACACUGCGGGCAAAGGAGGCGGUGAUCAUGCCGGUGCUGACCAGCACCCCUCCAGCCAUCACGACGAAGCGGUGACCAAAGCGGUUGGUGAGCACCGUCGACAGAGGAGCUGGAUGGGAAGAGAGCUGUGGUCAGCACAGGUCAGCAACACAAACAGCAGCUCCUCCACCAGCCACCUCCUGCAGAUACCCCCGUCCCCUCCAUGUGCCACCUCCCCAUCUGCUCGCAUAGCAGAGCAUCACUCCUGCAGCACCACGCAGCUCGUGGCAGUGGGAUAAGAACCAGAAGAGACCAGGAUGGGUGGGCAGCCUGGAACAAACCUGCAGGAGCAAAUGGAUUUUGGGGAAGCUCAGGUUAUAUUUUGAUCUUUUUCCACCACCAAGUCAGGUUUUGAUGUUCAGAAUCUUAUCUCCAUUGAGAGAUGAGCAGCUGGGCCAAGGGCCACGUCCUUGUGCCACGCAGGAGCUGUAGCUCAAGGAGACCAGGGGACUGGGACAGCCAUUUGGUGGUGUCUCAGAAAACAUCCACAAAGCCUGGAGGCUGCAAUUUAUCAUGGAGCCAUUGGGACACAAGCCCUGAUCCCAGGCCUCCACGUGCUGAGUCAGCAGCAGGACUGCACCUUCCAACUCCUGCCCUUUACUCUUACCUGUGAAGGUCUGCACAAACACACAGAUGGAUAUUAUCCACGAUAUCCUGCUGUUGGUUUCAUCAAAGCUUUCCAUCAGGUCAUUGAAGAAGACUCCAAACGAUUUUAUAACGCCAUAUGUAAGAGCUUCCACAAAGAAGAAAGCCACAGCAAUUGCCCAGCCCCAUCCUCCAUCAGGCACUUUAGUAUAAACAUUUGGAGUGGUGCACGGCAUUUUUACAGCUUUGACAGUCAUUUCUGAUCUGGAAAAGAGGAGAGAACAAACCAGGCAUCAGCUCGAGAUGAGUUUUGCUUACCAAGGCACGGCUGAGCAGCUGGCCGGAGCUGCUAGGCAGUCCCCGUGCUGCUGAGGAAUUAAAUCCAGGAGAUGGGCUGAAGUUCCUCCCCCCGACAGUCCCAGAGGGACCAUUUCUGCCCGGACCCUUUGAACCAAGGACCAGAAACUCUCCGCUCAGCACCGGGUUGAGCCGUUCCCAUCAGCAAAACCCAGCGAUCAGCUGCGUUCCGGCACAGCGGGAUGGAUGCAGUUCGUGAAAGAUCCACCGCGGCACCCAGUGAGGGCUGCUGGGGCUGCACGGCUUCCCAACAGCACCCGACCUCCCACCCGCAGCCCUUCGCUGGGCAGCGACAGCCCGGGGGCCGCCCGCACCUUUGGGGUGCCGCUUGUUCCCCGCAGCAUCGGUCAAUGCCACCAGCACACUGCAGUACACCGCUGCUCCCUAAAGCCCCCAGAUGUCACAUCGAGCGCCCGUCGCCGUUCGGCAACUCCCUGGGAUCGCACCUGUACCCCAAAAGCACCGCAGCGGGGCUGCCGAGCUCUCGCAUCCCUGUGUGUGUGUCAGCACGGACAGCCCCACGGCCCCGGCUCGGCUCUGCACCGCGACACCUGCGCUGCCCAUAGGGACGCGGUCCCGGCGCCGCCUGCAGCCGUCACCGAAGAGGGGCCCAGCCGCCACCCGGGGCACGGCCCCCCCCCCAAGGCAUUUCCCUCCUCCAUUUUACGCUCGGAGGAACCCUGGGCGGCUCCGGCAGCGCUUCCCCAUCCCACUGGGGAACUUCUCACCCGGCAGCGGGUGGGGCGGCACCCACCCGUGACCGUGGGCGGCCCCGCGGGACCCCCCCCAUCCCCCCCGGCAGCACCCAUCGCCCCACUCUGCGGCAUCGCCAGCGAGGAGUGCAGUGGUCAGUUCAGUGGGCAACCAACUGGGUGAAGAAGACACAGGUUCCACCUGGGAACUUAGGCACAACCCCACAGAUUUCUCGCAGCAGCGCCGGCCCAUUGGCCACUGAUGCUCCUGUGCUGGCAGGGCAGCUUGGCGCUGAGCCCGCUGUGCCGGCUGUGGCUGGCAGUGCCCCACGGUGUCGGCGGUGAGCACCUCUCACGUUCCCAUUACGCAGCCUCGCCUUGGGGUUGCCCUCCCCAAGCUGUAACUCAGCCCAGCAGCGACAGCGUGAGCGCUUACGGGACGACAAAACAGGAGUUCCUGCAGCGGCGACCCCCUGACGAGGCAGAGGAUUCCUGAUAGUUACCAGCAGAGCCGCGGUGAUUCUUGGCCACGUGGGACACUUCAGAGAACUGGGAACAAGGCCUGCUGCCAAACUUGUGCUUGAAACCCUACAAAGAAAGAGCCAUUUGUCAGACGUCACCCCAACGGGAGCUGCUGAAUUCGAGUGAGCUUCUGGAGGAAAAAAUAACAGUUUGGUUUUGUGUUUCAUUAGAUAUUUACCAGGAAGGAAAGAAAGCUAAAAGUAUAGUGACAGUGACUUCAAAGAGGGCGUCUGACUUGCAAUAAUUGCACUUUUGCUGGUCCUGGUUUUAGGAGUAGCCCUGUGCCUGUGUGUGAAGGAUGGAGCAGGUAUUUUGGCCAGGUCAGUAGCCGAGGUUGUGGAGUAGUGCCUGGCACACAGCCUGGCCCUGGAGGAGCAUUUUGCAGUGAACAUCACCCCCUUAGCACCAUGGGAACUCCAGCCCCGUGGUCUGUGCUGCUGCUUGCCGUGCUGGUGGGGCUCUGCACUUCCCCAGUGGCACAGGGGAAGCCAAACUUCAUUGUCAUCCUGGCAGACGAUCUGGGCUGGGGGGACCUGGGGGCCAACUGGGCCGAGACGAAGGAGACCCCACAUUUGGAUGAGUUGGCUGCCGAAGGGACAAGGUUCGUGGAUUUCCACUCGGCUGCCUCCACCUGCUCACCGUCCCGCGCCUCUCUGCUCACGGGGCGCCUCGGUGUGCGCAAUGGGGUGACCCACAACUUCGCCAUCAGCUCUGUGGGCGGCCUGCCCCUCAAUGAGACCACACUGGCUGAGGUGCUGCGGGCAGCAGGGUACAGCACAGCAGCUAUAGGCAAAUGGCACCUGGGGCACCACGGCCACCACCACCCCAUCUUCCGUGGGUUCGACUAUUACUUUGGGAUCCCCUACAGCCAUGACAUGGGCUGCACAGACACCCCUGGCUACAACGUUCCACCCUGCCCACCCUGCCCACAGCACAGCGCGGCCACCAGCCCCACCAACAAGGACUGCUAUACGGAUGUCGCCCUUCCUCUCUUUGAGAACCUCACCAUCAUCCAGCAGCCCGUCGACCUCAGCAGCCUGGUGGAGCAGUACAUGGAGGCGGCAGCGCGCUUCAUCCAGCAGGCAAGGGACAGCAGCCGUCCCUUCUUCCUCUAUCUGGCGCUGGCCCACAUGCACGUGCCACUGCAGAUUGCCCCACCACCGGACAGGGGCAUCUACGGGGCUGCCCUGCGUGAGAUGGAUGCCCUGGUGGGACAUGUCAAGCACCUGGCCGACAGCUGUGGGAAGGGCAGCACACUGCUGUGGUUCACAGGUGACAAUGGCCCUUGGAUGCAGAAAUGUGAGCUGGCGGGACGCCUGGGGCCGCUGCUGGGGGCCUGGCAGAGGGCACAAGGAGGCAGCCCUGCCAAGCAGACCACCUGGGAAGGAGGGCACCGGGUGCCGGCGCUGGCGUACUGGCCUGGCCACGUCCCUGCCAAGCGGAGCAGCCACGCCAUGCUGAGCACCCUGGAUGUCUUCCCCACGCUGGUGGCCCUGGCUGGAGCCACACUUCCCCCAAACAGGCGCUUUGAUGGCAUGGAUGUGUCCCCGGUUCUCUUCGGGCUGUCAGAUGUGGGACACAAGGUGCUGCUUCACCCCAACAGCGGGGCAGCGGGGAAGGACGGGGCGGUUGAGGCACUGCGGCUGGCUCAGUACAAGGCCUUCUACACCACAGGAGGGGCGAAGGCUUGUGAUGGAAGCAUUGGGCCAGAAGAGCAUCAUCGGCCACCGCUCAUUUUCAACUUGGAUCGCGAUAUCCAGGAGCAGGAGCCUUUGGACGUGGCAUCCAGGGAGUAUCAGGCAGUGCUGCCUGCAAUCAGCAGGGCUUACGCCCAGGCCCUGGAGGAUAUUGCAACAGACAACACCACGGUUGCAGACUACUCCAAGGACCCGGCAGCAGUGCCCUGCUGCAGCACACAGCACGUGGCCUGCCGAUGCCAUGCACCUACAUCUCACACAGCCUCGCUGGACCAGCACACGGACGGAAGAGCAACACGGCUUUGUCUAAGUGACCGAUCCCUGAAACCCCUCUUGGACGAGUCACCAAACUGCUCAGCACUGAGAAAACAGCGAAGCCCAGUGAAAUUCAGAACAUCAAAACAUCCCAACCAGGGCUCCCUGUGCACCACACAGCGGGAGCCAGCGCCGCACCAGCGAGCAGAGCAGAUGCAAAACACAUUACUGCCAGCAAUGGAGGAAAAGCCGGAGUCCUGACUGCACACUCUUUAUCUGGAAGCUCCGAUUGCAAAGCUGCCGUAUCAGGGAGUAUUUUUGGAAAGCUCCUUCCCUCUCACACCACCUCCUCCCUAACAUUACACAUGUAAGUUGCUCCGUCAGGUUAAUUACAGCACAGGAUUUUGACAGAUCAAAGUCCAUUUAAUAAAACCCCUGCCUGUACAGCAGGGGUUUGGGGCUGGUUUUUACAGCGCAGUCCCAGCAGGCAGGCUCAUUCAGGAGCAGCGUGGUUCCUGCUUGCUGGCAUUUGCAUGGCCCCAAACCACAUGCUCAAAGAGCAGGUUCUGCAGAAGGAAGCAAAGGAUUUCUCUCUGGCCGUGCUGCUCCUCAAACAUUCCUCCCAGCUGCUCUGUGGCCCAAAGGGCUUUGACCAGAUGGGAGACACUGCGAUGUCCUUCUUAGGGGAUGGAGUAGGAGAAAUAGAAAACUCUUGUUCUCUGUCUCCAACAAGCUGUGGUACAGGUAAAGAGAAUCGGUCUAAGAUUUAUGUGACUCGAAGAGCUGUGCUUAGGCAGAGUUUCAAAGGGAGGCAUGAAUUAGUCAUCUUUUAUAUAAAUAACUCUUUGCAUCACUUAAUUUGAAAGUGCCUUACAGAGGAGGUCAGCCCCAGCAUAUGGAACAAAUCCUGGGAUCCCAAUGAAAUUUUUACUUCCUCCUUCUUCAGGCAGAUCUCCAACAGCAGGAUAUGUGAAAGUGGAGUAAGGAAUUCCAAAGUCUGCCAAGCCUACAGCCUGAAAUCCGUUACAAUAUUCUGCUGUAUUAAUGCAUUACUAUCAUGAAGAUGCUGCUGAUUACAGCCAGAUCACAGCACUGUAAGCAAUAUCUGUCCACUUAGGAGUUAAGUAUUUAACACAAUAAAUGCUUAUAUAACAGGAAGAAGAGCAGGAUAGACACUGCCAGGCUUAAGUUAGGAUUUAUAAAGCCAGUAUGUUCUUCCAACGGUAACUGAGAAAGUGCCACUUAAAAACCCAAAACAAUGGCUUAACAAUCUGUUUUGCUUUGUUUCUUUUUCUGGAAAGGAGAGAUUUCCAGAGGACUGAUGAGGUUCAGGUAUGUUCCAGUUGUUUUCCAUAAGCUAAUACAACUGAUUGAAAAUACAACAGGGAAAACUAAGUUUUUAUUUCUAAACGAUGGCGUUGUUCAAAUCAAAGCUAUUCCUGAUAAUACUGGAAAUCUGAGCAAGGCACAAAGGUCAGAUCUGGAUCUGAACUCCGUUCUGCAUCUGCACUUCAUUCUGCUCAUUUGUUCAGGUCUCUCUCUAAUUAUUAGGCUCAUCAUCCUUGCCCCUUCCCAGCUGCCAUGUAGUAGGGGUGUGAUGUUCCUGGCACUCUCCUAUACCCGAAUUAGUUAUUUUAAGCUUCACAGCUAACUGGGACAAGGUCAGGGCAACAGAAUCUCUUCUGUAAGAGGUUAAUACUUUCUUCUUAGCAUUGGGGUUGAAUUGCUGUUUUAGGGGUCCCGAAUGCUCACAGGAGGAAACUCAUUCUCAUCAUCGAGACACACUGGUCCGGUUGCAAACUCGUGCUCUGGGAUGACCUCUCCUCGCAGGGCACCACCAUCCUCCGAAUAACCUGCAGAAGUGGAAAUGCAAAGCACUGCUGAUAAAUGGGUGCUAUGAGGCUGGAAACAAACAGCUGCAACACUUUUAUCAGUGUUUUAACACAUCCUGAUUUUUUCUGGCAUUUGGCUGAGCAUUUUUGGGUGGCAGAAGGGAAAGGUAUCACCAUCAACACUACCAAUCAGGAAUGGACUGCAGCUGCCUGGCAAGGGGUCUGGGCAAGCAGAGCAGAAAAUAACUGACUCAUUCCUAAUGGAAUGAACUGGGUGAGCUGCAGAAGGCCCUGCUGCCCCAGUCUGCCCUGCACAUGGGGUGUUUAUGGUUACAGUGAACCUCUGGUUGUUCAGAGACUUCCCACUUUGCUCCAGGGGCUAUCUUGCUUCUUUGCUCCAAGGAAGGGCAGGCGCGGUGCUUACCUGGCAUAGUCGAAGUUGAAGGCACUGUACUUUGUCUGGCUACAGUUGCUGCAUAAGAUUGAGGUAAUGGAGGCUGAAGGUCAUUUUCUUUGUUCUCCUCCAUUUUUCCUGAGCCAAGCAGACUGAUUGUACAGGAGAAAAGAGGGAAGAAGAGUUAGUUCUGAUCCCAUUCGUUCCUCCCCCAGCACUAGCUGAGACAUGCAUUUGCACUUGUGUCUCCUUGAGGCACAUCACCCAACUGAAAAGUUGGAAGGUGCCCAGGCCAAUGCCAGGUGAGGGCUGGAACCAGAUGGUCUGUAAAGGUCCCUUCUAUCCCAAACCGUCCUACAGUUCUAUGAUUUGUAACACUGCGUCAAAACUUUGACUGCAGCCCUAACAGUGCUGCAGAGGAGGAGAUCAUUGUGCUCUCCAAAUAAAGCGGGGAGGGGAGGGGGGGGGAUGCAGAAGAUAGGGAAAGCAGUACUUCAGCUAGAGGACAAUGCUGGCAGGAGAAUAGAAGGGAACAGAUUGACCACAAAAGCUUUAGGUUACAAAGGCAAACAGUGUUUCUAAUCAUGGAGGGGGCUCCAAAGGGCUUCCAACAGGAGUGGACUAGAUGGGAAAAGCAGUGCUGGCUAGUUUCGGACGGAGCCUGAGCAGAGAUAUAGUAUGAUGUAAUGUAACUCAUGACCCAAGGGCCCUUUUCAGUCCUCUGAUGCUAAAAGAGGAACCCACAUACGACGCAAGGCUGCCAGCUCCGGACUGCCACAGCACAAUGGGAGCACGGGAGGGGGGUCAGCAGUGUCUGAAGGAGGUGGGAGGCCGGCGGCCGGAGCACGCUGGACAGCGCAGCUUUGAAGCGCUUUUGUUUUGUGGCUUUUAAAAAUCUGUUGGCAUUUUCCUGGCCGCCGGCCACGUCCUGGCUUACAGCACAUGUUACAUCGCACCCCACCCCAAAGGCUUCACAUCUGGAGCCAAGUAGCCCAGAUGCGGGGUUACGUGCUUAAUCGAAUUGGCAUACAAACGGAACGGCAGCACGGAAGGCUCUGCUGCAGCACGGCGUGCCUGCAGGCAUGCGUGUGUGUGAGGCUUUGUUGACGGAAGCUCCCAGAGCUGCUCCACACGAUUGCGGCCCCAAAAUUGGCUCUCAGCACCCACCGAUGCCUAGGAGAGGUGCUCUGCUCUCUGCCACCCUCGAGUCUGUGCACUGCUGCUGGAGGCAUCUCCUAAAGCCCACCUCUGCUAUCUAGGCUGUGUCCCACAGCUGCCUGAGAUGUCCUUGGUUUCUUCUGCACGAUGCCCCAGGUCCCUGCUGCUCACAUGGUCCUCACUGAUGUCCGCUAGAUCCAGCAACUAGAAUCACAACUCAGUUCCAAUGUUCUUGCUCCUACAGCUCCAUUUUGUGCAUGCAGGUGAAAUUUCCCUUUCUUAGUUUUUAAGGAUCAGCAUUUAUCUCAAAUGUGUAGGGAACAUCAAUGCACUGGAGAGGCAUUUACCUGUGUUUCUGAAUUAAGACACACUCUCCUCCAUCUUGCGGGUCCAAGUUGUAGAUGUAGAGAUGUCCAUCAGAUGUAGUCACCAGCAGUCGAGGCAGCUUCUGAAUCCUAAGGAGAAAAGCAUCACGAGUCCAAACACAACAGCUGCAUGCACACACUGACAGCAAACAUACACUGUGUGCUCUGCAGGGUGCAAGGUAACGGGCACAGUGGUGGUCAUGAGCAUACAUAGCUGUGUCUGCUUGAAGGCUGGUGUGGCAGUGAAACACAGAUGUCAGUACGUACGUGGAGAGGGCACAGAUGUUCCUUUGUCCCGAGAUGUUGAGGCGGACAGUGGCAAAGGCUCGAUCUUGGUUCAUCAUGCCCGACACCUGGGCAGGGAGGUAGUUGGUGGCAGCCUGGAACAUCUUUCCCAUGUACCCAGUCCAGGUUGGUGGCUCUUCUGGCCGGCUGGGGGGUCACAAACAGUGCUGUACAGACAGGUGUCCAAAGUGGACACCCCGGAGCAGGUUAGCUCAGGUUACUCCCUCACCUGUCAGUGAGAUGCUCCAGUUUAAAGAUGUGCACUGUCUCUGUGUUACUCGAAGCACAUAGGAACUGGGAAUCCAUGCUGAACACCAGAGAGCUGAUAUUCACAUACCUAGGGCCAAGCACAGACAGAACCAUUCACUACUUGGCACCCUGCUGCAUGGGAACUGCGAGGUUUUGCUCACAGAGGACAGGGAGAGAGAAGACCCAGCCCACUCCUGCCGUCAAGAGUUGGGCUCUGUGCAAGUGGCUUAGCAGCUUCAAAACACCUCCUUUGAGAAGAAUCAGGAUGAUAACUCUGGAGACUUCAUUAUUUCAAGUAAGAAACAAAAAAUGGACAGAGAAGAUGAAUCCACCUCUGUUCUCCAUGAUUGCCCUGUUCUGUGACGCACUGAAUGGAAUCACUAAGCUUGCUGGAGGCAGCUGGGCGCAGCACGGCUGUCUGGCACAAUGACAUUUCUAUCUGAUAUGCUCACUCUUGUUUUCUUUCUGCAAAAGAUGCCAAAGCUGCCAGGAUCUGACGGUGUUCUGUCCCCAUGUUUACAUUUCUGCUCCGGGAGCCCUCUGUGUACUUGUCACCGAUAGAAGCAUGAACUGACCUUUUCAUCCCUCGACGGAAUUCAUAGAGCUUUUGCCCACCAGGAAUGGAAAAUACACGAAUGACUGUGCCCUGCAAAAAAUGCAGAUGGAAAGAUCACACAGGAGCAGGGCAAAGAGCACGAGCCCUGACACACCAAGGAAACUCAGAACAUGCAGAGGCUCUGUUUGUCAGCCUGGGUCAAUAUGGACACAAUAUGCUGGCCUCCUACAAGUCAGUCAUUUGAGUGCCCCUCCCCAGGAAGCUGUGUUUAACAAGGGGCUGCCCCUGUCCCUGCAUCUCAUGGUCCAGGGUUGGCCGUGCCCCUUUGUCAGCCACGGGCUGGCAGUGGCAAGGAGGUUACUCCCAGCAGUGCUCACUCACCUUUUCAGAAGCACUCGCCAGCUUCGACCCGGUGGAGUUGAAGGUCAGGGCAGCCAGAGGCCCAUCGUGGGCAGCAAUUGUGCAGGCUGUUUUCUGUAGGACAGAAGGUGAUGUGAGAGUAAAGAGACACACUGCUUCUCAAACUGCGUAAGCGCAGGGCAUUCUUGCCUCAUUCCCUAUCCAGAACUGCCCAUGUGUUUUCAAGGGACCGUAUUGCAUUUCUCGUAUCCCUUUAACAGUCCCUGCCCUGCCUCGAGCUCACUCUCCACCUGCUACAGGCACUGUGCUUACCAAAACCUCCUCCUAGACACAGAUGUCCUCAGCUCCUUGCCCCUCAAGCAGGCUGCAGGCUCACAGCCGUGCCCCCAAAGCCUGGCAUUUCUUUGUGCCUUGGCUCUACACACUGUGGCUGUACAGCAAAUACUACUGUGGCCCCUCUGCCUGUGGGGAGCCCUGGCUCCUGCUAGCAUCUCUCCACAGCAGCAGUGUGUUUUUCCCAUAUGUGCUCUGCUCUCCUCUGCUGCAGAUCUUCAGCUCCUGCUGCAUGUACAAAGCAGCAGCCUUAUGUAAUCCAAAGCCCUGGCAUAAACUGCAGAUAACCACAACCUUGCUCCUAGCCACAGACAAAUUUCCUGAGGAGAUGUGAGCACCUCGUCCUCCCCAUGGCUCGGGAUUCCUUUGCAUCCCUUGCAGCCUGUGGCACAGCAAAGCAGCUGCCCACGUCCUGUACCUGGAGCAGCUCCAAGCUCCGUGAGCCACCCUGCUCACAUCACUCCCUCUGGGCGUGAGGCUGAAUCUCUCUGAGCCCUGCCUGUGCCAGUCUGGCAGCUGCCUUCGAGCAUGGGUUACGUUUCCCUCACUAUCCAGUACUGGGAAGUGGAUGUUCUGAUCUCAAAGAGGCUGACUGCUUUGUGCGAUGUCUAGGCAAGGGGGAUAGGGAACGUGCCUGCCCCAGGCAAAUAUUCCUUGCAGCACAGCGGAGUACAUUUAUUCAUCUUUCCCCACGGCCCUGUUGGCUCUGCUGUGGUUCUGUUUGUUUUCAGUCCCUGCCGGUAUCCAAAUGGGCGAGCUUCACACUUACCAAAGUAUUUCCGUCGUAAAGUGCGAUCUCUCCGCUGGUUGCACUGCCAGGAUAAGCCAAGUAGGAGUUGGCGUGGUUGAUUGAGAGAGCGCACAGACCUGGCAGGGCAAGAAGGACACAGCUGAGGUUGUUUGCUGGUGGAGCACAGAAAGCAGAAACGUGGCCAUGGACACCGCAGGGGUUCGGGUGCUGUCACAUUUUGGGAUGCUGUCCGGUACCGGGUGUGCGCCAGCUGGACGCGGGCAGUGCCUCCACCAUGGGGACACCUGCUGGUACGGGACAGUAUGGCUCCUGCACCCCGCCAUGGCCUCCCCAAAUCCUGCCCUGAGAGAGCCCCUGUCCUGCUGAAGCUCUUCCCUUCUCCUCAAUCAUCUCCUUUGAGAAGGCACCAUUGGUCUCAGGGCUAACAGGGCUCCUGUCCGGGCACAUCUGGACAGCUGCAGAUGUGAGCAGAGCUAAGUGCACAGCUGGAACUCCGAGCUGCAGCCAUGGAGCCGGGCACUGCCACUUCCUUCCCUGAUAGGAAAAGGGAAGCAGAGGGAGAUAAAGCAAAUGCCACAGUUGUGCAGGGAGGUUCUCGCAGAUGAGGAACUUGAGCCGAGCUGAAUUUUAACCACACAGGAAUUUCUUCCCUGCAAUAACCAUCUGUUUUUACACCAACAUGAGGAUAAAGUCUCCCAGACAUCCCCUUUCAAGUGAGCAGGAACUGCAGGAAACAACAGGGAUGGAUGAAUGUGUGUGUAGGGCUGUCCAUCCGCCUGUCCCCUCAGUGACCCAGGAACGGAGCACCUCUUCCUGUCUCUCAUUACUGCUGCUGGCUGAGGACCCAUCGCAGUGGAUCAUGUCACACGCAGCAAUGGAUCUCACUUGCUUCCUGCCCCAUGUCUGCGUGCUCCCAGUCAUCCCAGCACUCAGCUAGGGGCUCAGCACGACCCCAGCUUCUUGGCUGCCACCCAGGGGUCCCACAUCCCCCACGUGGGGAGGAAGCUGCAGGGUUAAAGGCUGCCGGGGCUGUGCUCCUUGCUGCCCAAACAGGACAUGCACACGGGCACAUAUGCACACUGACACGCGCACGCACACUGUGCAAGCUGUCAUGUCAGGACACUGCUCUGGCCCUGGCCCAGCAGUAGGGAAGAAUCAGCUGAAGCUCUUGUUUUAGGUCAUUGUUUAUAACUAAACAAAGAGACCGCAGCGCAGCCAGGAGCUGCAGGAUGGGCCAGAGGCCCCUGAGGUCCACUCCCUAUCAAUCAGAAGCAUUUACAUCAUGCCAAGGACUGUGCGCGCUGCAGGGAAGUGGAGCAGAGGCAGCAGAGGUGAUGGCACCCAUGAAAGGCAGGCUGGGAGGAAUGCAGACAGCUCUGAGACUACUAUACAGAGCAAUUGUGUGUCUGAGGAGGGUCUUCCCCAGCCCAGACAGCACUGGGGGUCAGUGUAACCCCUUCUAGUGAGGGCCCAGGGAAGGCUGAAGCUCAACAAAGCGAGCUCUGAGCCGGGCGGCGUGAGUCACCCUCUCCCUCUGCUGUGCGCCUGUCUGGGAGAAGCAAAUGGGAAACCAGGCCAGGGGAAAACACAGAUGUGAGUGUACUGAGCUGACCUCAGGGACGUACAAAGAACACAGAGCACAAGCCAUACGGCAGCCUUUGAAAAUGCUCUUCUGGUCCUGGCACCUGGCAGCCUUAAGUGAGAGUCAGUGGGCACAGGAGUGGGCAUGGCUCAGCACAGCACCUCUGUGGCUGCCACUUCACAGGGGGCUUCCUCUGGCAGCAUGGAGAAACACCUACAGCACGGGAGAAGCUUGGCUUUGCUGCCAGGGCAGCAGGUCCAGUGGGGUCUCGGGGUUCAAGGGAACCACUUGAAGUAGUUUCCAAAGCUGCAGUUGUCUCUACAGAUCAGCCCUCACAGUGUGCAUGUCAGCAUGAGCACUGAGCACAACAACCUCAGUGCAAAUCCUGCCUCUGACAUGAGUCACCUCGCAGCCUCCCUGGGACUCUCCUGCCCUCCCUGGAGCAGUUCGGGCCGGGACUCUCGGGGGACAAGAGCCACCAGUGCUCUCCUGAACAGCAAGCAUGCUGAUAGUGACAGACAGCCCCGCUCUGCAGAGCCGUGCUCCCCGGGGGCUUUGCUUCAUGCACGAGCAAUCAGCCUGGCUCGUGUGCUCGCCUGGAGCUGAAAGCUCGCGACUAAGCAGUGUGGUUUAGUCUCAGGAGAGAGAUUCACUCCUUAUUUGAGCAUGCAUGAAAAACAACAGACUCGCCCACCCCGGGCAUUUUCCUCUCCUGCAUGGAGGAGGCUGGCCAGACAUUACCGAGCGGACAGCCCGCGGUGCGUGCGAUCAUCCUGGAAAGGCUGCGCACAUCGCCCCGCAGGAAGCAUUGCUUCUCCUGGCAUGUGCGUGCGAGGGGAGCCCGAGGUCACUGCACUUCCCUCAGCCGUGUGACAGCAGCAUGGGCUGCUCGAUGUGCAGUCCCUCACGUGCGGCCUGAGCUGAAGGAAAGCUAUGGGUUGGGAGCCGGGUCCUGCACAGCGCCAGGCAGCGAGCCCACAGUGACUGCCCCAUGGGUGUGCAGCAAAUCCCCAGAUCCCUGCUCCGAAAAGGAGCAGCAGGCUGGGCCUGCAUUGGCCUCCUGGACACGCUGUCUUUGGGGUCAGGCUUGGGAGCAAAGCAGAUGCUGGGGGACAGAGGGAGCGCACGUGUCACAGCACUUGUCACUCAGCUCAUUUCAAUGACAGCUGCUGUGCUGAAAGGGUUUUAGAAAAUUAAGCCUGCAUGAAGUCCUGUGAUCCGCAGCAGCCUAGUCCUGUCCCAGUGACUGCUGAUUGCUGUUGCUUUUAAACCGUGACCUGAUCAGAACAGCUCCAGGCCUGGGUAUCCCCCUUCCUGCCCGCUGCUGCCAGGCUUUCUCAGGAAGGUUUUAAACUUUAAUUAUAUUUGCAGUAUUUAGUAUGUUUAAUCUACAUGAGGAAGCCAUCUGUUAAGACCUGAAGUAGGUCAGGGGAGAAGCCAGAACAGCAUCCCUUGAAAGCCCAGAAGCCAGGCAUGAGCACAUCAAUAACUUCACAACCAACCGCCCUUGGAAAGCUGCUGCGGUCUGUGACCGGGAUGUCACAGCUCCAUCCGGCAGCGCUGCCGUGGGCGCUCAGCCAGGCUUCCCUGCUCACUGCUAAAAACUGCUCCUCUCCAUCAGCACGAUUCACCCUACGCUACGCAGGGAAAAUCUGUUGCGCAGCCAUCUGCCCUGUCCUGUGGGUUUCUCCUGUGUGUGGAAUAAUACCAGGUGGCAGCCCAAGCUCAGGGAACUCCCUGGCGGCGCCGGCUCAGAGGCACGGUGGAAUAAGCACUGCCUGGCUGUGUUUUGUGUCCCAGGUGCUCUUUGCAGCACUACUCGCUCUGGGAGCUGACUCGGAGCGCCUCAUUGAUCACAGGAGCCGCCUGCCUGGCGGAGCAGCGUGCCCGUGGUGUGAAGCAGGUCUGCAGGGAGUGCCAAGGUGUGCCUCCACAGCUGACUCAUGCUGGCAGUGGGGAUGCAGGGCCCCUUUGUCCUGAGGGAAAGCACUGCGGGACUCUGGCACAGGGCAUGCUGAAGGGAGGGGUUGGGAGCCCCAGAGGGAGAACAUGAAGUUGCCCUGUAAAUGGAGGGGAGUUUGAAGUCCUGGCCUGCCGUACAGCUUUGGUCUCAUAACAGGGAACAAAGGCGUGCUCCAGGAAGCCAUGAGCUGCAUGGAUAUCCCUUCCCUUCCUGGAAGGGACUGACCUUAACUCAAAUCAUGCUGCUGUCUUUGAAGCAUUUACUCAGGACAGAGCAGGGUUUCUUCUCUCAUAAGCCUGACUGACUGCCUCCAUACGUCUCUGGUUCCCCAGUGCUGAAUUAGUCGUGCUGCUAAGAAUACACAUACCACAGGCUGGUUUGAAUUCUAAAACAAAUACUGUGGCUACGGAAGGCUCCUGCAGAGCUCACUUCUCCCUUACACACAGAUUCCUUUGCUUACCUGUUGUAUUUGGGGGCGUAUCCAGGAUAGUCUUCAAAAGCUUCAUGUCCUUGAUGUUAUGGAUGUAAAUUGACUCCUCCAGGCAAACAAUCAGCCUCUGCAAGGACACAGGUACAGAACCUCACCAGCACUGCUCCCAUACUUGGCACGCUCAAAUAUUGCUGCUGGAAAAACUCAGCAGGGAUUUUGCUGUAAUGCUGCAGAAACAUGACCUCUUCUGCUUCUAAAUCCCCUCCCCGUGGACACCCUUUGAUUUUGGAUGGCUCUGCUUCUGAGAAUUGACUACAUCUGGUUUUGCCUUAGAAAGCAGACAGAACAUGGUAACAACUUCUCUGUUACUCUACAAGAUGAUCUUGCACAUCCCUAGGCCCUAAGAACAUAAAGACAGACCUUGGUUAUACUCUUGCCAUGGGUGUUGGUUAGCAUCUACUUCUAUCCCAACUUCUCUUUGCAGUUCUUUUCACAGCAAACUACGUUUUGAUCAUAAAGACCAGGGAACAGAGAGGCUGCCAGUCCUGCUUGUUAGCCUGCCUGCAGAUGGGAUUUCCUGCCCUUUGCCCUGACUUCUUCCCAAAUUGGAAGCAAGCAUCUAAGUGGUGGGCCUCCCACUACUGCUAAACCUAAUGUGUCAGCAUAAGCUGGCAAGACUGUGCUUUAUGUGCCCAAAGUUGUGAGGCAGAAUUGCAUAAAACUGGGCUAGGAACAAUUUGUUCAGAUAGUCACAGAGGUUGGUGCUUCCCACCUAGUGCUUGCACCAUCUUGGCAGACAGGCAGGGUAUUUGCAAGCUUAUGUGCUUGCACCUCUUCUGUAGAACUCAUCAGCAACAAACACCCACCCAGCAGGAGGCAGCUGUGGAGUGAGGAGCUGCCAAACCACAGGCAGGAAAGGCAGAAAGGAAAAAGGAAGCCUAAUAUCGUAACUUCAGCAUUGGGCCAUCAUUUCUGUGAUUGCUCUGCUCUGCGUCCUGAUCUCUAUGAGUUUCUGCAGAGGCAUUUUACAUAGAAGCUUUUUUGGGACCAGGCUUUGGAUCUGGCUGGAGGACUGUGCUUUCUGAGCCCUGGGUGUGCACAGCUCCACCUAUAUUAGUGUCAUGUGUCCCGAAGCUCUGAAAACAUCCCAAUAAAAGUGUGAGGCCAGACUCUGCCCAAGCUCCUGAAGCUGAAGCACCCAAAUCCAUGUACAGGACGUACAGAGCCUCCACCUCUUUAGAAAUGAGGCCACUUAUUUAGUAUCUAAAUGUGGAGUUUAGUUACUAACUUGAAAACACCCACAUUAGAAAAUCUUUGCCUUGCUCCACCAUUACUCUCAGAUCAAACUCUUUCCCACUUCUAUUCCUGCUAACCACAGCAUCUGGGGCUGUGUCACAGCCAUUUUGCAUUUCCAGGAAGACUUUGCCUUUUCUACAGUAACAGCCAUCAACUUGCUAGCAGGGAUCGUCAGAGUCAUAUUUAUACAGCUGAUUUCAGCAAAGCCACCGUGUGCUUUCCCAGAACUGCAAAACGCACUGCUAUUGAUGUACAGGUGAAGGGAAGUACUCCAGAUGAUAGCAAAGCAGCAAGCCAGAGCUGUAGCAAGAGAUGCUGGCACUGACGGGGAAAAAAUCCAGGAAGGCACAAGAAGGGUGAUGGGGGUGGGAGGUGAAGAGGUAAAAGAGGCCUGGGCAAGCUCAGGGGGAGCUGGAGAGGGCUGGUUCUCAAAACCUGCUGAGAUGAGGAAUGAGUUUUAUUGUCACCGUGCACAGACAGCCUCAUAGAAGGUGCCUGGUGCUGCGAUUGCUGCACACCAUUCAAGGCACUGCAUCUCACGUUUCUCUUCAGAACUUAAGUCUGGCACAAAUCUGGUGGAGUGGCUGAGUUGUACGUUGAGGACUUAAGAUGUGUUGGAUAUGGAUAUAGCCAGAAAAAAACUAUCACAUGGCUCCAAAAAAUCCAGCGGGGUUUUAGCACAGUGACUGAGAAUCCAGGGAGGCCGCAGGGGAGAUUUAGGCUGAUCUCACGGUACAGCCUUACUCUCUGCUUUGAGACACACCAUGACAUAGCUUAAUGUGUAUGUCAGUUAUAAUGGAGCCUGAAACAAAGAAUUCCCGUGGAUCAGCAACAUCCAAGGGGCUCUUUUGUUUGCACAAGGAUUUUUCACAGGCAGAUCAAGUCAAAACACGCGCUGUUUGUUUGAGUUCUGUUCCUGUUUUAUUUACUACCAUUUUCCUGUGUUAAAAGCUUAUAUGAGAUUUGGCCUUAUAUGGACUUUUAACAUCAUCUUCAGGCAGUCACUGGAGCAGCACGCGGGAAAAAUCCUGGGCUUAUUUUACUCACAUACUUAUCUCCUAGGAACGCUAAGCAGAACCUCCCAGUUUAUUUUUAUACAUAUACAUCUAUCUGCAAUUCAGAGGAAGUUCUUAUUUUGCCAGCUUCAUUGUAAGCUUAAGUGAAAAAAAAUCCAUUUAGGACAGACUUAAUUGUAGUACAAGAACUUCUGGUCAAACACAGCCUUACUGGAAACUCAACCAGCGUUUCCUUAUGGGAGAGCCUUACUGCAGCUCCCACUGUUGCUAAGUGAGGAGAAGCUGAUUAUAUACAAUUACUCAGACUGCUUAUUUCUUCAUUGUAAAAUGUCCUUAGCUUCUUAUGGCACAUACUUUGAAUAUAAUUAUGGAAGAAAGAAAGACGACUUUAAAUAUUCCAAUAGGGCUCAGAGCUGCAUAAGGCUACAUCAGUUCAGAGGCUAACAGUUUAAAAGCCUCCUUCCAAAUGGCCUGAAUGUUUUCUACUCCUUUAAAAAUAAAACACGGUGCCUAGCAGUACUUGAGAAGCA